AUGGCUGCCUCCGACGGUGCUUCUUCAAUUAGCGUUGCAGUCCGAGUCCGCCCAUUUACUAUUAGGGAGGCAGCCCAAAUCACUCGGUGUGAUGAUGGUCCCCUGUUUCUCGGUGACGGCUCCCUCGCCGGAGCGCCAACACCGAAGCUUAACCAGAAGGGUAUAAGAUCGAUUGUCAAAGUAAUUGAUGACCGAUGCUUGGUGUUUGACCCUCCAGAGGACAAUCCCGUCCAGAAAUUCUCCAGGAGCGUGGUGCCCAACGGCAAGCGCGUUAAAGACCAGACCUUUGCCUUCGAUCGCGUGUUCGACCAAAAUGCCUCUCAAGGAGAGGUUUACGAAUCGACAACCCGCAGCCUUCUCGACAAUGUACUCGACGGAUACAAUGCAACGGUGUUUGCAUACGGUGCAACUGGAUGUGGAAAAACCCAUACAAUCACUGGAACCGCCCAGCAGCCUGGUAUAAUUUUCCUUACCAUGCAGGAGUUGUUUGAGCGGAUUGACGAACGAGCAAGCGAAAAAUCGACCGAAGUCACACUUUCCUAUCUCGAGAUCUAUAACGAAACUAUCCGUGAUUUGCUUGUCCCCAGUGGUAGCAGCGGCAAAGGCGGUUUGAUGCUGCGGGAGGACUCCAACCAGUCGGUCUCUGUCGCUGGCCUGUCAAGCCAUCACCCACAUAACGUCAGUCAGGUCAUGGAUAUGAUCAUGCAAGGAAACGAGCGCCGCACCAUGUCCCCCACCGAAGCAAACGCCACUUCUUCUCGAUCGCAUGCCGUUCUUCAGAUCAAUAUCGCCCAAAAAGACCGAAACGCAGAUGUCAAUGAGCCUCAUACGAUGGCCACUUUAAGCAUUAUCGACCUUGCGGGUAGUGAACGUGCCAGUGCCACACAGAACCGAGGAGCACGCUUGUUCGAAGGCGCCAACAUUAACAAGUCCCUGUUGUCUUUAGGAAGCUGCAUCAAUGCACUUUGCGACCCUCGAAAGCGCAAUCACAUUCCCUACCGCAAUUCAAAGCUCACUCGUCUUCUUAAAUUUGCGCUUGGUGGAAAUUGCAAGACUGUUAUGAUUGUCUGUGUCAGCCCCUCCAGCCAACACUUUGACGAAACUCAAAAUACUCUUCGAUAUGCGAACAGAGCAAAGAAUAUCCAGACUAAGGUCACACGAAACGUGUUCAAUGUCAACCGACACGUCAAGGACUUCUUAGUCAAGAUUGAUGAGCAAAUGAACAUGAUCAACGAACUUAAAGCACAAGCAAAGGACCACGAAAAGGCGGCCUUUGCCAAGUUCCGCAAACAGGGCGAAAAGAAAGACGCUGUGUUGCGCGAAGGCGUGGCCCGGAUUCGCAAUGCUUACGAGCAUACUUUGCCCGAAAGGCAAGAGAGGAUAAACAACAUGCUGAAAUCACGACAAAUCAGCCGCCGAAUUGCCAUAUUGUCAUCAUGGAUUGCAGCAUUUGAUAACAUCUGCGCUGCGCGUGAAAACGAGGAGGGAUUAGCAAACCUCCAUGCCGUCCGCAAAACUGCCCAAGGGAUCCUCCUCGAGCUGGAAGGCAGCAGACACCAUUAUAAACAAAGAUUAUCGAAGAGUACCUGGGACCGAGCUGUGAACUCCGCUGUUGAAAAUGCCGCCAAGCAGCUGCAAGAAUUCGACAUUACCGACAACAGCGACUAUGCCAACUUGAACCGAGAAGCAGAUCUUCUGAGGUCUAGUGCAGAGCGCGAAGCAUUGACAGCCGUGGUGGACCAGGAUAAAGCUGGGGAAGCCGCUGCUGUGCAAAUGUUGCUAGAAGCACAAUUUGAGAUGAUGGGAUCGAUCGAGGACAUCAUGCAAUUGAAUGCAAGCGAAGCCAUCAAAAAGGGACGGACAAUUCUGUCUAAGAUGCUGGAAGAUUGUUCGAAUGUAGCAACCAACCUUGUUAAGCCUGAAGGUAUCAACGCCUUUGCUCCAACCGUCGGCUCGGCCAGGCCGCCUAGCCCCAUGAAGCCAAGGAAGAGAUUCAGCUUGGUGAGCUUGCCACCAGUAUCUACCGUCAACCCUCCAGUUACAAUGGCCCCUGUUGCGCCACCUUCACCAACAAAAGGCUCUCCGCGUCGCCGAAAGGCUACUGCUGGUCGUAAGAGCGUCAGCUUCACGCCGAAGAAAUCCCAGGCAAAGGCUUCAAAGAGAUCUGUCCGUUGGAAGGACAACGAGCAAGAAGGCGACCUCAUUGAGUUCCAAAAGACACCCAAAAAGAUCGAAUCUUCGGAUGAAUCUGGCUUGGAUGAACCAUCAUUACCUCCUCGGUCAGGAUCUCCGGUCCCACGAAAUUUCCCAAGAGUCAUCAGCCCGUCGGGUUCUGUCUCUCCCACCCCUGAUGAGCCCGCUGAACCCGCCGAACCAACUCUGAAUAUCCAAAAGAACAGUAGCCGAUUCAAGGCGGGCUUCCUAUCGAAGAAGAACGGUAGCUCACCGCUAGCACCACCACCUACAUCCUCUCUCCCUCUCUCUCGCAGAGAUAGUUCCCCUCUUCGCGACAUAGAAGGAAGCAGUUUCAUGAAUCGCCCUUUGGUGGAGCGUCCAUCGCGAAUUGCAGUCCGCAGUCCCAGUGGCAACCUCUUGAGCAGUCCCGUGUCUGAAAACAGGGACAACUGGAAGUCAGACAAGGAAGAAGCACUGAAGAUCAACUCGGCUAUGCGCCGUAUGUCCAGUGGGCGAAUCAUCAGCGGUCAAUUUAACCCCUCAUCCGCCAAUUCACUUCGCAUUCACCGUCGUCGCAGUCCCACCUCCAACACCUACAACUCCUCGCCAAGUGACAACCAUAUGUUCACUGCAUCCCAAGCACGGCGCAUGGUCAAAAGCGAGAAAGAACACGACGCGAAGCCUCGCGUGUUCAGUCCUCAUACGCUACCUGUCAUGAAGCAUACCGGCCGUCGCACCACAUUGGGUGGAGACGGUCGGCCUCGAAAUGUCAGUCUUUCCAGUAGAGAUGCGAUUCGUCUCAGUGCGAUGGCGGCGCCUCCUUCUGAUCACAACUCGGAUUCGUGGUCUUCCAAUGGACUGCGAUAA